AUGCCCCUUGAAGCCCUUACAUCGACCGCCCCUUCCUUUCCCCAUUAUCGCCGCCAAAACCCCACUACUCCUUCCCGCCAUGUUUCUUUUGACGUUUCAGGAUUCAAUACGAGGAGGAAUUGGACAAUGAAGGUUAAGGCUUGUUCUAAAAUUGAGAGCUCGAGCUUCCCUGUGGAGAAAAAGAGGAAAGUUGUGGAACACGUGUGUCUGCUCAAAGCAAAGCAGGCUUUGUCUGAUGAAGAUGAGAAUGAUAUGCUGGAUUAUCUGUAUACAUCCCAAUAUCAAAUGCGUGGAAUUGUUGCAGUUUCUUUGGGAAGAAUCUCCAAUGACAACGUGGAAAAUUAUACUCAUGCUGUUUUCAUGCGUUUCCACACAAAGGAAGAUGUUGCUAAGUUCUACGAGAACCCGUUCUAUUUGAAAGUUUUGAAGGAGCAUGUAAUGCCUUAUUGCCAUGAUUUAGUUAAUGUGGAUUAUGAAUCUGAAGUUGAAGAUGAUAUGCUUCAUAUAUUUCGUAAAGGAGAGGAGUUCAACUAUGGCGUGGAGUUUGUCCAUCUAUUUGCAUUUGAUGACAGUGCAUUAGGUGCAUCCGUGGAAGAUGCAUUGGCAUCUCUUGAAAUGUUGGCAAAAGAGUUUCCGUCCUUAGUUGUCCAAUCUACUCGAGGUUCAAAUUUUAAUCUCAGCAGCAAAGAAUAUACACAUGCAGUUGUGACAAGAUUUCGUUCAUGUAGGUCCUUUUUCAAAUCGUCUGAGGCCCUUGAAUUAUUUGUGGGUAGCACUGAAUACAAAGACGUGUGGAGGUCGAAAUUCAAGCUGAUCACCAGGAAAACGCUUCCCAUUCAUUUCUCCGUCGAUCCAGUGGGCAAGGAGGUUAUGUAG